GCUCAGCCCCGUCUCCUCCUCUUGCUCCCUCGGCCGGUCGGCGGUGACUGUGCACCGACGUUGGCGCGGGCUGCACCGCCGCGUCCGCCCGCCCGCCAGCAUGGCCACCACCGCCACCUGCACCCGCUUCACCGACGACUACCAGCUCUUCGAGGAGCUCGGCAAGGGUGCUUUCUCUGUGGUCCGCAGGUGUGUGAAGAAAACCUCCACGCAGGAGUAUGCAGCAAAAAUCAUCAAUACCAAGAAGUUAUCUGCCCGGGAUCACCAGAAACUAGAACGUGAGGCCCGGAUAUGCCGACUUUUGAAGCAUCCAAACAUUGUACGCCUCCAUGACAGUAUUUCUGAAGAAGGGUUUCACUACCUCGUGUUUGACCUUGUUACCGGUGGGGAGCUGUUUGAAGACAUUGUGGCCAGAGAAUACUACAGUGAAGCUGAUGCCAGCCACUGUAUACAUCAGAUUCUGGAGAGUGUUAACCACAUCCACCAGCAUGACAUUGUCCACCGGGACCUGAAGCCUGAGAACCUCCUGCUGGCGAGUAAAUGCAAGGGUGCCGCAGUCAAGCUGGCUGAUUUUGGCCUAGCCAUCGAAGUACAGGGAGAGCAACAGGCUUGGUUUGGUUUUGCUGGCACCCCAGGUUACUUGUCCCCUGAGGUCUUGAGGAAAGAUCCCUAUGGAAAACCUGUGGAUAUCUGGGCCUGCGGGGUCAUCCUGUAUAUCCUCCUGGUGGGCUACCCUCCCUUCUGGGAUGAGGAUCAACACAAGCUGUAUCAGCAGAUCAAGGCUGGAGCCUAUGAUUUCCCAUCACCAGAGUGGGACACGGUGACUCCUGAAGCCAAGAACUUGAUCAACCAGAUGCUGACCAUAAACCCCGCAAAGCGUAUCACAGCUGACCAGGCUCUCAAGCAUCCAUGGGUCUGUCAACGGUCCACAGUGGCAUCUAUGAUGCAUCGUCAAGAGACCGUGGAGUGCCUACGCAAGUUCAAUGCCCGGAGAAAACUGAAGGGUGCCAUCCUCACGACCAUGCUUGUCUCCAGGAACUUUUCAGUUGGCAGGCAGAGCUCCGCCCCCGCCUCGCCUGCCGCGAGCGCCGCCGGCCUGGCCGGGCAAGCUGCCAAAAGCCUAUUGAACAAGAAGUCGGACGGCGGUGUCAAGAAAAGGAAGUCGAGUUCCAGCGUGCACCUAAUGCCACAGAGCAACAACAAAAACAGUCUCGUAAGCCCAGCCCAAGAGCCCGCGCCCUUGCAGACGGCCAUGGAGCCACAAACCACUGUGGUCCACAACGCUACAGACGGGAUCAAGGGCUCCACAGAGAGCUGCAACACCACCACAGAAGAUGAGGACCUCAAAGCUGCCCCGCUCCGCACUGGGAAUGGCAGCUCGGUGCCUGAAGGACGGAGCUCCCGGGACAGAACAGCCCCCUCUGCAGGCAUGCAGCCCCAGCCUUCUCUCUGCUCCUCAGCCAUGCGAAAACAGGAGAUCAUUAAGAUCACAGAACAGCUAAUUGAGGCCAUCAACAAUGGGGACUUCGAGGCCUACACGAAGAUUUGUGAUCCAGGCCUCACUUCCUUUGAGCCUGAGGCCCUCGGUAACCUCGUGGAAGGGAUGGAUUUCCAUAAGUUUUACUUUGAGAAUCUCCUGUCCAAGAACAGCAAGCCCAUCCACACCACCAUCCUGAACCCGCACGUCCACGUGAUCGGAGAGGACGCAGCUUGCAUCGCCUACAUUCGCCUUACCCAGUACAUCGAUGGGCAGGGCCGGCCUCGCACCAGCCAGUCAGAGGAGACCCGGGUCUGGCACCGCCGGGAUGGCAAGUGGCUCAAUGUCCACUAUCACUGUUCAGGGGCCCCUGCCGCACCGCUGCAGUGAGCUCAGCCACAGGGGCAUAAGGAGAUCCCAGCCGGAGGUCAAACCUUCGCAGCCAGUGGCUCUGGAGGGCCUGAGUGACAGCGGCAGUCCUGUUCGUUUGAGGUUUAAAACAAUUAAAUUACAAAGCGGCAGCAGCCAAUGCACGCCCCUGCAUGCAGCCCUCCCGCCCGCCCUUCGUGUCUGUCUCUGCUGUACCGAGGUGUUUUUUACAUUUAAG